AGCUAAAUAGGCACUUGCUUUUCCUUAGAGCUUGAAAUCCUCAGACCCAAUCAAGCUGUAGCGGUUGAGGUCGUGUGUGGUUGUUGAUGGCCGCCACAUUGUGGAGCUCCUCCUCCUCCUCUAUCAAUGAUAGCUUUGUCUUCGUCUUCACCACCAUCAAUCGCUCUCGUUUUCAUGGUCUUAGACGCAGCUGUUCUACCAGAAUCGAUUUGGUGCUGCCUAAACACAAAUCAUUUGGCUGUCUCAAUGAUUCCUCCACAAACAAAAAAUGUAACAACAACUGGCAUAUGACUACUUAUCCGUGUCCAGAAUCAAGGCAGUGGCGGCAGCAACAUCUGAGAUCUUCGCUUUCUUGCAAACAACCUCGACAUUCAGAUGCUGCUAUCAAUGAAGAGAAAAAUGUUUCUAGAGCAACUUUGAUAUGGAGGGCAGUCAAACUUCCAAUAUAUUCAGUUGCCUUGAUGCCUCUAACUGUGGGAAGUGCAGCUGCAUAUUUGCAAGCAGGCAUCUUUUCUGCCCCACGAUACUUUUUACUCUUAGCUUCUUCCACUCUUGUCAUCCUAUGGCUAAACUUAAGCAACGACGUUUAUGAUUUUGACACAGGAGCAGACAAGAAUAAAAAAGAGUCCAUUGUGAACAUAACUGGCACUCGAACAGGAAUUCUCAUUGCUUCUUAUGUGUCACUUUCCCUUGGCGUCUGUGGUCUUACAUGGGCUUCUCUACAGUCAACAAACAUACGUGCUAUGCUAUUACUUGCUUCUGCAAUUACAUGUGGUUACAUAUACCAGUGCCCACCAUUUCGGUUAAGCUACCAAGGAUUGGGUGAGCCCUUGUGCUUUGCAGCAUUUGGUCCAUUUGCUACUACUGCUUUUUACUUGCUUCAGAGCAAGACUAGUGAACUGCUGCCCAUCUCUGGUAAUAUCCUUUCAGCAUCUGUUCUUGUUGGUUUGACAACGUCCCUCAUCUUAUUCUGUAGUCACUUUCAUCAGGUAAAUAGUCGUCCCCGCCUCACUCAUAUAUCUUAAGGCAAAUUCAUUUCUUAGUAUAUUAUUUGAGUUAUACAUAUAUCUUCAUUUUCUUGUACUACACCCUUAGAUAGGCAGCUUCCCAUUCCGCCUCUCUCUAUGUAGUAUUAUAGCUCUUACUCGUAGAUUAUAUAAUCCGACACACGUUUCUCUAUUUAGGUUAGCAAAACACAGAGUUUAAGUAAAUGUAAUGUAGUGAUAAUUUGAUUGAAACUAUUAGUACGUUUCUAAGAUGCUCUCAUCAAAUGGCACUCUCAUUAAUGUUAAUAUUCGGAAAAGGACAAAUUAAAUUGUAUCAGAAGGAUGCAUUGGAGAGAAUAGAGCUAAUAUGCAUAGAUCUCAUAAAUAGCUAGAUAACAAGGAACAAUUAUAUAGGAGGUAGUUGCUUAAUUCAAACGAGGUCACUAACACAUUAUUUAUGUAUCAGGUAAACGGGGAUAAAAGUGUUGGAAAGUAUUCUCCUCUGGUAAGACUUGGUACAAAAGCAGGUGCGGAGGUUGUGAAAGUGUCCGUUAUCACACUCUAUGCUAUACUGAUUCUUCUUGGAUUUACAAAAUAUCUUCCUUCUGCAUGCAUUAUUUUCUGUUGCCUAACAAUUCCGAUGGGAAGAAAGGUGAUUCGCCAUGUGAAAAAGUACCAUGAGGACAAAGCAAAGAUUUUUAUGGCAAAGUAUUACUGCGUGAGACUCCACUCAUUGUUUGGAAUUGCUUUGGCUGCUGGACUGGUGGUAGCUAGACUCUUUACGAUCAAGUCCAACAUCAAGACUCAUGUUAUCCUCACCUGAAGCAUCCCUGGUGGCUGGCUCAAAUGAACAUUGUAUACCGUGUACCUACAUAGAGAGCUAUGUUUAUCCGGGGAUGUUCAUUUUGAAUCAACA